AUGCAGGCUCCGGGCGGCGCUUACCUCAAGCAGCUCACGGAAGCAGCGGCAUGUGCUCCCUCCAGCUACUACGCGGAGGCGCAGCCAGGAGUCUCUGCGUGCUGCCCCGUCCACAGGCACCGCCCCUGCAGCUCCCAAUGGCUGCAGUUGCCGGCCAAUGGGAGCUGCAGGAGCAGUGCUUGGCGCAGGGGCAGCGUUGAGGAGCCUCCGGCUGGCUCUACACUUCAGCCCAAGGUGAAAGUUUCCCCCACGAAAUCGGGGUCCGGGCCCCACUCCCACCUGCUGGUUUGCUCGGUGAUGGGGCUUUACCCCGGGGGGAUCGAGAUCAAGUGGCUGAAGAACGGGCAGGAGCAGACGGCCAGGGCAGUGUCCACGGAGCUGCUCCAGAACGGAGCCUGGACCUUCCAGAUCCUGGUGAUGCUGGAGAUGAGCCCCCAGCGCGGGGACGUCUACACCUGCCAGGUGGAGCACAUCAGCCUGCGGGGCCCCCUCGCCGUGCACUGGGCGGCGCAGCCAGACUCUGCCAGGACCCCGAUGCUGCUGGGGGUCGGGGGCUUCGUGCUGGGGCUGAUCUCCCUGGCGCCCGGACUCCUCACCUACCUGAAGACUAAGGGAGGUGCCUGGCUCUGGGCACCCCAGCUCAGCCUGGACGCCCUGCCAGGGCCCUCCUGGUUCCCAUCCCCCACCUGCGCCCACCCCCUUUGUGUAUGUAGCUGGGCCUGA